AUGCCACGUGCGUGGCAGGCGGUGCUGUACAUGCUGGUGGCACUCGCCUGCGGGGCACGUUCAAGCAUGGGGUGCGGGCUGGAAGGGACCCAAGCCGAGAUCGAUGCCAUGCUCAACCUCACAAACUACCACCGGUCGCUGCACGGGUCGCCGCCACUGGUCUGGAAUGAUUCGCUAGCAGCCACAGCCAAGGAUUGGUCAGAGCAGUGCACCAUAAAUCACUCAGAGGGGAAGUACUAUGAUGGCAACUACGGCGAGAAUACGCCAGCCACCACCCUCCCCUCUGCCUCCCUCGCCAUCACCGCCAUCCCCUGCACCUCCCAGCCCACCACCUCCUGCCCCGCCCCCGCCGCAACCUCCACCUCCCUCUCCGCCUUCACCGCGGCCUCCCAAACCACCUCCAUCUCCUAG